CCGUCAUGAUGUUUAACUUAUUGAGAAACAGCGCAUCAACUAGAGCAGCUAAAUUGCUUCAACCUGUAUACACACCUAGCACACUCACAAGACUAAACAACUUCCGUCAAUUAUCCACUGAAUCCCGUAAACUUAUCGACCAAGCCGUAAAUGCGCACCCUAUCGUUUUAUUCAUGAAAGGAAAGCCAUCUGCACCUCUCUGUGGUUUCUCUAGAGCUGUUGUGCAAAUUUUAGACGUACAAGGCGCUGAUCCAGAGAAGAUAAGAGCCUAUGAUUGCCUUGAAGAUGAUGAAUUACGUAAUGGUAUAAAGGAGUACUCAGAUUGGCCAACCAUACCUCAAGUAUAUGUAAACGGUGAAUUUGUUGGUGGCUGUGAUAUCCUUUUGUCUAUGCACCAGAGUGGCGAAUUGUCACAGCUACUCAAGGACAAAAACUUAUUGUUAGAAUUUGCUAAUGAGUAAAUUGUUUUAUAUAGAUUAUCAAAUUAAUAUAAAUUUCGAUGAAAGACAAUGAGAAAA